CGAACAAACGCAGUAUUUGGCUCGAGAGAGUGAAGGGUGAAGAUACCAGCUGCUCUGAGAACAUCAGUGUUUCUGUGUGGAAUAUGAUCAUUCACUGCCUCUGUAUUUUAAAGGAAUGAGACUGACGUUAUGGGAUUUUCCUUUACUCUGAAUGCUGAAGAUCGCUCUCCUCCAGCUGUCGUCCUAAAUUAGCUGAGCUCUGUGAAAGGAGAGCCUUUUCAACUGACCCCUUCUGCUCCUUGAAGCUCCAGCCGUCCGUGACACCCAAAUGCUGCCUGUCUUUCAUCAAACUGGUCACUCCUGGAGAAAAAUGGACUUGGAGUGAAGGGCGGCCCUUUAUGUGGGCUGACUCCCUCUAGGACUACUCUGAAACUAGUUGAGAUUCAAAUGGGUGAGCUAUGACAAUGUAACCAAUAAGGGGACUUGAGUUCUCGUUUCCCAAGCAGCUGCAAGCAGGAUAUGAGCUUGAGCCGUGGGUAUCGGUGAUAAAACAAACCUUCCAUUGCUUGAGGCCUCCUCUGACGUCAUGCAGCCAUCUGAGGAAUUAUUUAGCAAAAAGCUGAAAGCGUUGAAUGGAAGUAUGGGACAUCCGGCAGGCAACACGCAGGGGAAGCUAGAUGGGGGUGGCAAGACGAAUGGAACCCCUGCUAUGCCUAAAAUGGGGGUGCGGGCCAGGGUGACAGACUGGCCCCCAAAUAAAGAUGGUUGGGUACCCAACUACGAGACUGUCAUCACGGCCUUUCAGAACGGACAGCCUGACCAAAGUGUGCAGAUCACGGAUUUGGGCGGAGCUCCUUUGGAGCCUGAUUAUUCGGAUACAAAAUAUUCCCUGAGUGACCUUUUAAGUCGAUCCCCUUUGAAGGGACUCCAUCCCAUUCGCCAACGGAGUAACAGUGACGUGACCAUCAGCGACAUUGAUGCAGAGGACAUAAUGGACCAGAAUGCUGUCAACCCCAACACAGGUGCCUCGUUGCAUCGGGAGUAUGGCAGCACAUCUUCAAUUGACCGCCAGGGUCUUGGAAACGAUGGGUUCUUUACUAUGUUGCGAGGAUAUCGAAUUGACAACUUGGACCAUCGCAGCGCUCCACCUGCUGGGUUCCCAGAGCUCCUUCGCUACGACACAACACUCUCCCCAAGCUUGCAGACCGCUGCACAAAUAGCCCGAGGCGAGAUCGUCCACAUAUCCGGCUACGACUACGUGGACAGCUCCCUCCUCUACAGCCGAGAAAGAGAGAAGUCCUUCAUGCGUCGUCUCAAGUCCGAAUCAUCCGAAACAUCGCUGUUCAGGAAACUGAGGACUAUUAAGAGUGAGAAUGACGGUCUGCGGCUCUCCACCGAGCAAGAUGACCGACGGCCGCUCAGCUUCCAGAAGUGCUUCGCUCACUAUGACGUCCAGAGCAUCCUCUUUAACAUCAGUGAAGCGGUGGCCAAUCGCGUAAGCCUCAGCCAGAGGAAGAACACCACCACUGGAGCUUCUGCCGCCUCCCAGUACCAAGUCCCAGGAGUUGGACAAGUGGCUGGGAAUACAACUGGACCUGCAUCAUUGUUUGAAUCACCGCUUGGAAGUCGGGAAGACCUCAAUCCCAAGGAGAAUCUGGAUGCGGAUGAGGGGGAUGGGAAGAGCAAUGGAUUGGUGCUGAGUUGCCCGCAUUUUCGCAAUGAGAUUGGUGGAGAAGGGGAGAGGAGGAUAUCUCUAUCCAGGGCCAACAACGCCACCUACAGCGCUGGAGGAGAAAACUGCUCAUUCGAGUCCUCCUUGAGCUCUCACUGUACUAAUGCUGGCGUGUCUGUACUGGAGGUGCCACGAGAAAGCCAGCCAAUCCACCGUGAAAAAGUCAAGCGGUACAUCAUCGAGCACAUCGACCUCGGAGCAUAUUAUUAUCACAAAUUCUUCUAUGGGAGAGAGCACCAGAACUACUUCGGUGUGGAUGAACACUUGGGUCCGGUGGCCAUCAGCGUACGGAGAGAGAAGCUGGAGGACGGGAAAGACAAGGACACAGCGCAGUAUAACUACCGCGUUACCUUCAGGACGAGUCAGUUAACUACCCUGCGCGGGGCGAUUCUGGAGGAUGCUGUGCCCUCCACAGCGAGGCACGGGACGGCCCGCGGUCUCCCGCUGAAGGAGGUGCUGGAGUACGUGGUUCCUGAGCUGAACAUCCAGUGUCUCCGACUAGCCAUCAGCUCACCCAGAGUCCCAGAGCAGCUCCUCAAACUGGACGAGCAGGGGCUGAGUUUCCAGCACAAAGUGGGCGUCCUGUACUGUAAAGCGGCUCAGAGCACAGAGGAGGAGAUGUACAAUAACGAGAACGCCGGGCCGGCGCUGGAUGAGUUCCUGGAUCUGCUCGGUCAGAGAGUCCGGCUGAAGGGCUUCACCAAGUACAGAGCUCAGCUGGACAACAAGACGGACUCCACCGGCUCUCACUCGCUCUACACCACAUAUAAAGACUACGAGCUGAUGUUCCACGUGUCCACACUCCUGCCCUACACUCCCAACAACAGACAGCAGUUGCUCAGAAAGAGACACAUAGGAAAUGACAUCGUCACCAUCGUGUUUCAGGAGCCCGGUGCCUUGCCUUUCACCCCCAAAAACAUCCGCUCUCAUUUCCAGCAUGUGUUUGUCAUCAUUAAAGUUCACAAUCCGUGCACUGAGAACGUCUGCUACAGUGUUGCGGUAUCCAGGUCCAAAGACGUGCCUCCGUUCGGCCCUCCCAUUCCUAAAGGAGUGACCUUUCCCAAGUCAGCCGUCUUCAGGGACUUCCUGCUGGCCAAGGUGAUCAACGGGGAAAACGCGGCGCACAAAUCGGAGAAGUUUCGUGCAAUGGCGACCCGCACGCGGCAGGAGUACCUCAAGGACCUCGCGGAGAACUUCGUGAGCACGACGACUGUGGACUCGGCGGUGAAGUUCAGCUUCAUCACGCUGGGGGCUAAGAAGAAAGAGCGGGUGAAGCCGCGGAAGGACGCCCAUCUCCACAGCGUGGGCGCGGUCACGUGGAGCGUGGUGGCGCGGGAUUUCGGCCAAUCGGCGGACGUGGAGUGCCUGCUGGGGAUCUCCAACGAGUUCAUCGUGCUGAUCGAGGAGCAGUCUAAGAAUGUGAUUUUUAACUGCUCCUGUCGGGACGUCAUCGGCUGGUCGUCUGGUGUCAUGAGCAUCAAGAUCUUCUACGAACGAGGGGAGUGCGUGAUGUUUUCCGCGCAUGACAACUGUGGAGAGGACAUUCGAGAGAUCGUGCAAAGACUUGAGAUGGUCACGCGCGGCUGUGAGACCACAGAAAUGACCUUGCGCAGGAACGGUCUCGGUCAGCUGGGCUUCCACGUCAACUUCGAGGGCAUCGUGGCCGAUGUGGAGCCGUUUGGAUACGCCUGGAAGGCUGGUUUACGUCAGGGCAGCCGGCUGGUGGAGAUCUGUAAGGUGGCUGUGGCCACGCUGACCCACGAGCAGAUGAUCGACCUUCUGCGCACCUCCAUCUCCGUCAAGGUGGUCAUUAUCCAGCCGUAUGAGGACGGAGCUCCCAGAAGGGGAUGUUCAGAGCUCUACCGCAUUCCCAUGGUGGAGUAUAAGCUGGACAGUGAAGGAACGCCCUGCGAGUACAAGACGCCCUUCAAGAGAAACACCACUUGGCACCGCGUGCCCACCAGCGGCCAGGCUCUUCCCCGUGGAUCCCCCACGCAGGGUCCUGAUCGCAUGCCGUGCCAGCAGAUCCUCCAGCACGCUCAGACCGCUAUCCCACGAAGCACCUCUUUCGACAGGAAGCUACCGGAUGGACCCAGGAACGUUCAGGACGUUGAGAAGCCUCUGAUCUCGUCCUGCAGUAAAGGAGACGCGUCCCAACACUAUCGCAGCUCACCCAGUAACCAGUCGUCCUCCAGCGACCCGGGACCCUGUGCAAGCACCAGCUGGAACCAGCAGCCGGGAUACGACGGGUGUCAGUCUCCUGUGCUCCACGAGCGCUCGGCUGAAGCCCAGGGCAUGCUGGGAGACGGAGAGAUGCUGCGAGAGAGAGAGCCGACUCUGGAGAGGACACGCUCUUCAGAGGCGAAGUUGCACGUCCCUUCCACCAAGAUCCUCAAUUCCUUGAAGGAAAGAGGCAAGGAUUCACCAAACAAAUUGACACGGCAGGGCGGCGAUAAGAACUCAAGCCACUCCAGCAGCAACACUCUGUCUAGCAACGCCUCCAGCAGUAACAGUGAUGAGAAGCACUUUGGCUCCGGGGACCUGAUGGAUCCAGAGAUGCUGGGUCUCACCUACAUUAAAGGAGCCUCCACAGACAGCGGCAUUGACACUGCACCCUGUAGCAUGACCCCAGGGGUCGCCGGUGCAUCUGUUUCCCGUGUCAUGCUCCAGGGCCGCGGGGCGUCUGAUCCGGGACACCCGUGGACACCGGAGCGGACAGAAGAAGGAUCCACAGAGGAGGACCACAGCAGGUUAUACCUUCCCCAGAGCUACGCCGCAGCUCUGGCCACCGGACAUGGGCCUGCGGACACGAGUAUGGGAGACCUAAGCGAAAUCUCAUCUCAUUCUAGUGGAGCCGAGAGCUUGUUGUCUUUCCUUCUGAAGGCUCUAGCCGAGCGGUCCAGACAGCUGAACGCCGCAGAGCCGUCCUGUCGGCUGCCGGACAGAGGACAGGACAAGCUGAAGGACGAAGGUCUGCAGCCCAGCGUGUCUAAAGAGGACUACAUGAAGAUGAUGCUGUCUGAAAGCCCUCCUGGAGAGAACGGCCACAGGAAGGCGUCUGCUGCGGGCAGCCUGUCUCCGCGGCGGUCGCUGUACCGGACUCUCUCAGACGAGAGCGUGUGCAGUAACAGGAAGGGAUCGUCAUAUGCCAGCUCACGGAGCUCCAUGCUGGAUCAAGCCCUGCCCAACGACAUCCUGUUCAGCAGCACUCCACCCUACCACUGCACCCUACCACCCCGCAUCAGCCUCAGCCAGCCCACAUCCAACCUCAAGAAUGAGUUCUGGUUCUCUGACGGCUCACUCGCCGACCGCUCAAAGUUCAGCGACCCGGGUCUCAUGCCUCUGCCAGACACCGCCACGGGCCUGGACUGGUCUCACCUCGUGGACGCCGCCAGAGCCUUUGAAGACCAGCGUGUAGCCUCGUUCUGCACCAUGACGGACAUGCAGAGAGCCGAAGCGCUGCAGAUCUCACGUGAGCUCACCAGACGUGUGGCGGCCGCUGAGGGAGCCGCACUGGAGGCCGGUGAUGCGUCUCCAGCCACACUGACAGGCAAAGUCAAUCAGCUGGAGGUCAUCCUGAGACAGCUGCAGUACGACUUGAAGAAGGAGAAGGAAGACAAGGCGAUCCUGCAGGUGGAGGUGCAGCACCUGCGGCAGGACAACAUGCGUCUGCAGGAGGAGAGCCAGACGGCUGCCGCACAGCUCAGGAAGUUCACCCAGUGGUUCUUCCACACCAUCGACAAGAAGCCUUGAUGGAGACCACUGGAGACGCUCGGGACUGCACACCAUUGACCGACACUAGCAAAGCCCAACUCCUACUGCAGUUCAAUCAGAUGUAGAAUGUAAGUAUGUUCUGGACUGAAGAAGCCACUUGUGUUGGUGCAGAUGAGCAGCGAAAGAAAAUGGAGAAUGUACUCGAUUAGCAACUAAACAAUGUUUCUGGAGGUGGAUUGUGAAUGUAACACAUCAAGACUUCAUUCUCUGCCUCUGUUAUUGAAAGGUGCAAUCAAACGUUGAAGCUCAGCGGGACCUUUCUGAAUCAUUUCUGUCCACAAUCAUCAAGUUCUGGCAAUACGAGUCAUGGAUUUCAAAAACAAACACGAUGUGAAGAGUUGGUGAAGCUGUAGAUGUUGAGAUUGUGCCUCAAAGAAAAGCCGAAAUGAAGCAGGUGUGUGCAUCACCUGCAACGUCUCGAAUCCGCGAUCACAUGCCAAACUAUGUGUCCAUGUCUGUACAGAACCUCCAAUCAAGUGUCUUGUAUUUAACACUGUUAUUUAAGCUUAUUUCACCUAAAUUAGUUUAUUUUAUUAAAAUGAAUGGCGUCUGGAGGGACGGCUGUGAGAAGGCCAUACUGUGAUGGACUGUGUCUGAUACAUAGUUACACUGAGGAUUUGUCUUUUUGUCCCUCAUUCCAACUUUUGGAUGCUGCUAGAUAACACUUUGUUGGUUUCUAUGCUUUUACAAAUAUGUUUCUCUGUAAAUUUCAUGCAAGAUGGGAAUUUUUUUUUUUUUUUUUUUUUAAUAAAUGUAGUAUGUAAAAUAAAUCUGAUGCGUCAUCUUAAUAUUUCAGGUCUUUGGAAAAAACAUUUACGUGUUUAUAAAUAUGUGUGCACAAUGAUCAUUACUUUUAUUUUAUUUUUUUAU